AUGGCAAAACGACCUCAUCAGCACUUGCGUUCUCCAACGACGGUCGCACUCCUCAGCUCAAUCGAUACAUCGACACCUCCAGGUUCUCCCUCAGACGCAACAGCAAACAACGAGUCUUAUUCCCCACCGCCAGCCUACACUUCAGGCAGCGAGACGCACACAACAGAAUGCAGGGACAAGCACUUCUCUCCAGAACCGGCGCCUAGCUACCCACCGUCUCGUCGACAGCAGGAAAAGCACACGGAGCGGCUACCAGGACCGGACGAGCUCUCCCCCCGUCGUACAGCGAUCAUCCUCACCCUGCUCUACACCGCAACCCUCUUCUACGGCAUCGACAGUACCGUAGUAGCAACACUCGCAACGCCCAUAGCAAGCGGCUUCCAGCAGCUCAACCGCGCCGCGUGGUUAAACAGUGCUUACCUGCUGAGCGUAGCCUGCUGCACGCCGAUAUAUGGGAAACUGAGUGAUGUCCUCGGGAGGAGGUGGGCCGUCGUUUGCGGUUUAGCGCUGUUCGCGGCUGGGAGCGCUCUGUGUGGCGUCGCGGGUGGUAUGAACACGCUCAUCGUUGCUCGGCUUCUGCAAGGUGCAGGCGGAGGAGGGUCAGGCAUGCUAGGCUCUAUCAUCAUUUCCGAUGUGGUGACCCUGCGCACCAGGGGGUUGCUCAACGGUGUCGGCUCUGUCUGCUGGGCAGUCGGCUCGGGCCUAGGAGGGGUAUAUGGCGGUGUAGUUGCGGACACUCUCGGCUGGAGAUGGGCCUUCCUCUUACAAGUCCCCCCGCUGGUACUCAUCAUGCUCGGUUUAUCCCUCUCCGUGAACUACGUCGUCCCCGGUCAAACGGGGUCCUGGGCCGCAGUAUCAAAGCGCAUAGACUGGCUCGGCUCCUUCCUACUCAUAACAGGCAUCGGAGCGCUCGUGUUCUCAAUAGCGUUCAAGACAAACGAGGACCUUCCCUUCUCGCACCCCUGGGUCUGGGGGACAGCGCUACUAGCAGCGAUAUGCACAGGCGCGUUCUUGUGGGUCGAGAAGCGGGCCGAGGAACCAGUGGUCCAGUUGGCGCUGUUCAAUUCCUGGGAAAGGGUAGCGUCGUUCAGCAGCGUCUGGCUCGCAGCGGCAGCGAUGAUCUCACUCGGUCUCUUCUUCCCCAUGCUACUCCAGAUCGUCCGCUCCAACUCUGCCUCCCUCGCCGGUCUACACCUCAUCCCCAACACCGUCGCCUCCGCACUGGGUGGGAUCUCAUCCGGAAUCUACCUGCGCACGGUAGGCAAGUACCGGGGGAUACUCCUCGGCCUGGGGGUCUUGCAGUUUGUGCCGUGCUUCUUGCUCAGCACGUUUGGCGAGCAUACGUGGGAGGGGUGGACUUGGGUCAUCCUCAUGCCCCAGCGAUUUGGUAGUAGCGGGUUCAACGGCACGCUGUUCAUCGCCAUCCUGUCAACGAUAAAACGCACCGAGAUAGCACAGAUCACCUCGAUCCGCUUCCUCUCCCAAUCCCUAGGAAACCUCAUAGGCAUGGCUAUCUCCUCCGCAGUACAGCAGUCGGUGCUCUCCUCCGAGCUCCUGCAGCGCAUCUCCUCGCUCCCUCCGUCCAAUUCGCUCUCCCCAGCCGAGAUCAUCUCCGAAGUCAGGCGGAACGCGACCGCUAUCCUGGACUUGUCCCCCGAGCUUAGGCAAGCCAGUAUAGGAGCUUACACUGCCUCACUGCGCGCUGUCUUCCUGCUCAACGGCGCCCUGGCGAUCGGGGCAGUUGCGCUCGUUUGGUUCGUUAAGGAGGUACCGCUCGAUAGGAGGGAGGAGGGGAUGUAUAAGCUCGCUUCUGGGGAGGAGGCGGGGAGCGAACAGCUAGAAGAGGAGGAACUGGAGGAAGAGGACGUAUAGGUCGAUGGGUUCUGACAUUUGGGUUUCGAUGCGGGCUUUUGAGGAUACCGCGCAUGGGAUACACCUCUGAGGAUAUGUAAAUACAGUCUUUCUUUUUCUUGCCCUUCUUUUUCUCUUGCUCUUAACCUUCCCCUUUCUCUUCCUCUGCUCCUUUCUUCCCCCCCCCUCUUCUUUCC